AUGAAACAAAACGCGCUCAGCUGCGACCUGACGGGAGACAGGUGCGCGCUCCCGGGCUGCCAUGGUUACCGCACACGCCCCGCCCAUAUUCACCUGAGCCUCCCACGUGACCCGGGAGUGUGCAGUUUCGAAGGAGGAACCUGCAGAUCCAGUAUAAGUGCGCGCACCCGUCUACCUAGGCGCUCUGCAGGGACCGCGCUGAUCCAAGCUCCCAAAGCGUCUCACAGCGACGGCACAGGCUCUCAGUCCCCGUCACGUCACCAUGCACCUGGAGCUGCGCGUGAACAAGGCCCAACAUCUCGUCUACACACACACACAAACACAGGGAACAUGACGGAGCGCACGCCGUGGUGGAAGGCCUUCCUGCCCAAGAAGAAGAGCGCCCAACCCAUCGGCCCAGACUUCGAUCCUUGGGCCCCGCGUCCGGAAAAGACCCGCGAGCCUUCCAAGGCUGAGCCCGCCGUGACCCCCAGCGUGGACUCUGAUGACCGCUACGACGACUCACACAUGGAGUCCGUUUUCAACGAGAGGACCUGCCGCAGGAACAUGAAAGUGAGCCGGUCUGGACGCUUCAAGGUCAAGGGGACGGUCCGCCAGAGCCUGCCCAUCCAGGACAAGGACUCAGGGGCCAAGGAAGAGGUGCGGUGA